AUGCCUGAAAAUAAGACAGUUUCCUGCACUUCCACUGGAGGUGAUCAAACCAAGAAAGAUAAUGCCGCAUCACAAGCAUUGGUUCCAUUUGUUGCCCCUAAGGAAGCUGUUGAGAUUUUUCAAGAAAAUAAACUGACAAAUACUGAAGGGGUAAACAAAGGCAUUUACUUUAGCUACCCAUGUCGACGACACAGCUGUUCUUUAGUAAAUGUUCCAGCACCAUGUGUCAACAAAAUUAUUUCACACAUUGAAAACGUGGAGUCUAAGAUACAGGAGCAUUUGAAACAGUUUGAAACUUCUUUUGAAGAAUGGAGCAGGGCUUCUGCUAAACACCUGGAAGUAGAUUGGAGUCUUGCUGCACCAGUCAAAGAGGUCAAACCCAAAGAAGAGAGAGAUGAAAAGUGUCCAGAAUUGAAGCAGAAAAUGGAAACAUUGCUAGCAGAGGCCAUUUUUCUCAUUAAAAGUCUUGAAACUGACCGUGCAGAAGCUGAAGAAGCUUUGAAAAAACAACAAUCAAGAAGGGAAAGGAUCAACAACACAAUUGAUGCUUGGUCAAUCUGGAGACUUGAAGAAAUCCCAUUAGCUGUGCAGAAAGAACACGAGGUCUUUUUGAGAGAUAUUGUAGACUUGCGAUGGCAUCUUGAAGAUAAAAUGUGUCAACUACAAUAUUUGGAGGAACAAAAGGCAAGAUUGGAAGAAGCUAAUGCAAAGCUUCAAGCAGACAUAGAUUACAUGAUUGCAUGUGGUCCUCAAUUGAAUUCAAAGUUGAACCACGAACUUAAAGCUCUGAAGGAAUAUGAUAAAAAAAAUAAUGAGGCAAUGGAACUAUACAAACACGUUCAUGAAGAACUUAAAGAAGCUAUAGCAAACUGUGAAAAUGCAAAAUUGAAAGCUAAACACAUUAGAGAAGAAAUGGAAAAAGCUAUUAAAAAUAGUGAAUCAAACGUAGAAGCCUACAAGAGACAGGUAGAAAAACUUAAUGUUCUAUGUGGUCACUUCAGUACAUUAAUUCAAGAUAUUAAUAUUAGUAUUGAGAAGACCAUAGAGGCUGGGAAACAAAUAAAAAUGGAAACACGGACAACAAAAGAUGAAUUAUCUGAUUUAUCAAAAACGUUACAUGAUUUGAAAAGUAUUUAUGAUCAGCUAACUUGGAAGAAAAAAAGUUAUGAAAAUGAAUAUCUGGAAAGACUUAAAAAUUUUUAUGAUGCUAAACGAUCAAGGGAUAUUGAACUUUCUAAUAUCACAAAAGAUUUUUCAGAUCUCUCGAUAACAUAUUCUCAACUUGUGGAAGAAAAUAAAAGAAUGGAAGUAGAUAGUGAAAUAGUAGCAGAUUCAAUCAAUAAAAGUGUAAAGGCAAAAUCAGAGCUUGAGACUGAAAUCCAAUCUUUGAUGCAAAUCAAGUCAAAAAACGAGACCUAUCUUAAAACAUUAUACAAGGAUGCUUAUCAUGUUGGUGCUGUCUUCCACAUAACCAGGUUUAAAACGGAGGAAUUAGAAGGACAAAUAGCGGAAGUGAGAAGAAAGUUCAAGGGUAGAGAAGAUUUCUUGAAAAGACUCACUCGAGGUACUGUGGCUAAUGGAAUGAUGACUCAGAGAAGAUUGUAUUCCAUUCAUGAAGUACUGGUAUUUGAGAAGGAGGAGUUUAUGAAGAAGAAAGCACUAUAUUUACUAACACUGGCAGAACUAAAGGAACCUCUGCUUCAAAUGGAAGAAGAGUCUGAAAGACUAAAAAAUCUCCAUACAGAACAGUUUGAACUACUAAAUAAUAUAAUUGAAAAGAGAAAGCAUAUUAAAACACAUGUGGAAAAAACAAAGGAAAAAUUGCAAAAAAAGGAGAAGAAAACCCAAGAAGCACUAACAGAAUCUGAGAAAAAACACUCAGUAAUUUUUAGUGAAGUAGAGAGAACUAAAAGUAAAACAGUUGUUUAUCAGGAAAAAAUAAAUAAGUUGGAUAAGGAUCUAGAAGAAAAAGAAAAAGAAAAGAGAAAUAUUGAUCAGAUACUUGAAACUUUGAGGGAGCAGCUUGCAACUCUAAGAUCAAAAAAGGAACACGCACAAGCUAUUUAUGAUCAUCUCAUAAGUGAGAAAAAAGCCUGUGAAGUGAGAAUCAGUGAAGAAGAACAGAGAUACAGAAUUCUCGUUACCAAGAGGCAAAAUACUCUGGCAGAUAUUAAGAAACUACAAGAUGAUUCACUAGAAGAAAAUCUACUUUUAGCUCAAGAGUAUCAGAAAUUACAGAUGAUUUUCUUAACAGAAAAGGACAAUUAUUUCAAGCUAUAUGCUAGACAGUUAUCACUUGAUUCUUCAGUUCGAGAUAAAAAACAGCUCUGUCAGCUGCAAAGAAGGAUACACAAGGUGUGGCAGAAGUAUCUCAAACUGGUGGUCCUCUACAGCCAGAUGAAGCUGGCCAAGUUCCAGACAGACUCUCAAGAGAGCAUUCAGAAAAUAUUAGCUGUGCAGGAGGAAUCUUCAAAUUUAAUGCAACACAUCGUAGAUUUCUUCCAGACUUUGUCAGAUGGCUCAUGUGAAAACGAUGGUUAA